AGCAGAAGCUGAAACGAGCCCUCUCAUUGGCCUAAAUUUCCCCCCAGCGUCCACAUCCCGGUCAGAUUGGGCCCGGAGGUCAGUCGGAAGCCUCCGGCUAGUGGCGAGACCGGGACCUUAGUCCGCGUAUUAGGCGCUGCAGGGAGUUGGAAAUGUGCGUCUAGAGAGGGACAGCGGCUCUUGGCACCUGCCUCCACCCACCCACCGAGGUCCUAUCCGCCCGCCUUGGCCCCCACCCGUGCUGCCCUGGGGUAGGAAAAGGAGUCUCAGCUGCAGCUUCUGACCUCCCGGGGCACCUGACUCGGGUGUAGAGCUUAGUUUUCCCCUCUGGAAAGUGGACCAGUGGCUUACAGAGGUGUGUGCCAGGGUGGACCGUGGAGGUCUGCUCAUACGGAAGCUUGUUCUUGUAGAGUCGCUCAAAAGUAGGUCCCCAAGGUUCAGAGGCGCGCGGUAUGGGUACCGAGAAUGAAAGCCCAGAACAGGACUGCCAGAAACAGUUCCAGGCCGCAGUCAGUGUCAUUCAGAACCUGCCUAAGAAUGGCUCUUACCGCCCCUCCUACGAAGAGAUGCUGAGAUUCUAUAGCUACUACAAGCAAGCUACCAUGGGGCCCUGCCUCGUCCCCCGGCCUGGGUUCUGGGACCCAAUAGGACGAUAUAAGUGGGAUGCCUGGAACAGCCUGGGCAAGAUGAGCAGGGAGGAGGCCAUGUCUGCCUACAUCACUGAGAUGAAGCUGGUGGCACAGAAGGUGAUCGACACAGUGCCCCUGGGCGAGGUGGCAGAGGACAUGUUUGCUUACUUCGAGCCCCUGUACCAGGUGAUCCCUGAUAUGCCGAGGCCCCCGGAAACCUUCCUGAGAAGGGUCACAGUAGGUUGGAAAGAGCAGGCACUGAAUGGAGACUCCAGGGCUGCCCCAGAGCUUCCCUGCCCCCCCAGGGAACCAGCACUCCCGAAUCCAGCCCCCGUCUUGUCACCAGUGUCACCUAUCCCCUCCCCAGAGUCCCAGCCACCUAGGGACCUGGACUCCGAGGUUUUCUGUGAUUCCCUGGAGCAGCUGGAACCUGAGCUGCAGGUCUGGACAGAGCAGAAGGGAGCCCCUGGAGGAGAGCCUGACACCAGAAACAGCUCCCUGCUCCCUGCAGAGAAAGAGGGCAGCCCGCUGGGGCCCCAGGAAUUGGACACGUGGCUGGUGGGGACAGUUCGGGCACUGCAGGAGAGCAUGCGGGAUGUCCAGGGUAGACUGCAGAACCUGGAGAGCCUGCCCAGCGUCGUCGAGCAGAAGAGGAAACCAAGUGUCUGAGAGGCUGGGUAAUUCACCUGAGGGCACGCACACAGCCCAGAGGAACCUCACAGAGCUGCUGUGAGGCUUAGAUGAGGCAAUGUCCACCGCACUUCUCCAGUUACUAUUAUUAUUAUUCACAUCCAGUGACGGAGCUGAGAGCAGCCUCAGGUCUGUCUCCCUCCAAAGCUGGGACUCCCCAUUGAUGGAGUAGGUCUGUUCUUGAAAAGCCUGGGGUGGUGGGGGCAGGAAACGGCUAAAUUGCUGGACGUGGGGGAGCACCUGGGUGACCCUGAAUCCCCUUGACACAGUGGGUGUCAGCCAGGGUGGCAGGGACUUCCUCAGGCCCAUCUUUCAACGCCCACCCCCGCAAGGCUUUAUUUAUUUAUUUUACUUCUAACUCAUUUUAUAUGCUGAAGAUUGUGAUUUCCACCCUGAAAUAGCUGGUUUUCCAUCUCUAAAAAUAAGAACAUUCCACUACCUAGCCCGAGAGGACAAUAUUUUAGCACACACUCCGUAUCGUCACAUCCCCAGUCCAAAUCGAAAUCUCCCCAGCUGUCCCGAAAUUGCCUUUUCCAGCUGCUCUGUCUGUCCAGUCCAGGCACAUGUGCUGCGUGUGGCUUCUCCGUCCUUUAAGACUCCUUUAAUCUAGACCGGUGCUUUCUCCUUGCUACUGGCUUACUGAGACUGGGCCAGUGGUCCAGGAGAAGGUUCCCUUCAGGUCUCUGUGAUUACAUCCUCCUGGCUCGUUUACAUGACCAGAUUAUGUCACAUGUGAUGUUCUGCACAUCAGGGGACACAUAUCUGGAUGCCCCACAGUUAAUGAUUCUAGCACGGACCACUGGCGUGGAUGAAGGAGGAGUGCCGGUCCGAUCUCACUACUGUUAAGUCGUGUUUUCCUCUUGCCAGCCAGGGCAUGUCCUGCUCCCCGUGACCCCAUUUGCCACGUGAUUUUUGACAAUUAAUGGAUAAGCCCUGCCUGGAUCAAUAAUUUAUUUGGAAAAAAGAAACGUUGACUUUUAAAUUCU